UACCGUAAAAAAACAAUUUCCAAUAUUGAAAUUGCCAUAACUACAUUUGUUGCACUUAAGUAUUAAUCGUUAAGACUAACCCAGUGUGCAUUUAAAAGUAUUUCACUAUAUAAAAUAUAUAAACUAAUAAUAAUCAAAACUAUGAUACUAUCUGCUUUAUAUAUAUUUCCAUUAAUUUUUACAUACCGUUUUUUGAUUUUAAUAACAUUAUGCAGAAGAAAUAUUGCGUAUACGCCUGAUUUGGUUAUGAAGAUUUUUCUGUUCUUCGUGUUGGCAAUUGGCCUGGGCUUAGCCACUGCCAACUAUAACUACUAUCGACUGCCCACUGCUCUGCGACCGCAAAAGUAUUACUUGCGUAUCCUGACACUGCUGGAAAAUCCGGAGGAUCUUCGCUUUGCCGGCACUGUGCAAAUCGUGAUUGAAGUCCUGCAGAACACCCAGAACAUAACGCUGCACUCGAAGAAUCUGACCAUCGAUGAGUCCCAGAUUAGGCUUCGCCAAAUUAGCGGUGAGGGGAAGAAGGAUAACUGCGUGUCCUCGACGUCGCUCAAUCCCACCCAUGACUUUUAUAUCCUAAACACAUGCGAUGAACUGGUGGCCGGCAAUGUCUACAAACUUAGCCUGCCGUUUGCCGCCGAAUUAAGUCGACCUUUGAAAGGCUACUAUCGCAGCUCCUAUAAGAAUCCUGUGGAUAAUGUGACGCGAUGGCUGUCUACCACCCAAUUUGAACCAGCUUCGGCUCGGAAGGCUUUUCCCUGCUUCGAUGAGCCUGGUUAUAAAGCCUCCUUUGUGGUCACUCUGGGUUACCAUAAAAACUACAACGCUCUCAGCAAUAUGCCCGUAAAGUUAACCAAGCCACAUGAGACCCUUCCCAAUUACGUCUGGUGCGAGUUCCAAGAGUCGGUGCCCAUGUCCACCUACCUGGUGGCCUAUUCCGUAAACGAUUUCUCCAACAAGCCAUCAACUUUGCCGAAUGGCGCCCUUUUCCGUACUUGGGCCAGGCCCAAUGCCAUCGAUCAGUGUGAUUAUGCGGCGGAGUUUGGUCCCAAAGUACUCCAGUACUACGAGAAGUUCUUCGGUAUUAAGUUCCCGCUUCCAAAGAUUGACCAGAUUGCGGUGCCCGAUUUCAGUGCUGGUGCCAUGGAGAACUGGGGUCUGGUGGUCUACAGAGAGUCCACACUUCUCUACUCGGCCAGUCACGCUUCAUUGAACGACAAACAGUACCUGGCGGAAGUAAUAGCCCAUGAGCUUGCCCACCAGUGGUUUGGCAAUCUGGUGACCAUGAAAUGGUGGACUGACCUCUGGCUCAACGAGGGAUUCGCCACUUAUGUGGCCAGUUUGGGUGUGUAUGACAUCCAUCCGGAGUGGAACUCGAAGGACAGGGAAUCGUUGUCCUCUCUGUUGACCUCCUUCCGCCUGGAUGCUCUGGUGAGCAGUCAUCCCAUUUCAAGGCCCAUCCAAAUGGUGUCGGAGAUCGAAGAAAACUUUGAUGCAAUCUCCUACCAGAAGGGAUCUUCAGUGCUGCGAAUGAUGCAUUUUUUCAUGGGCCAAGAUGCCUUCCGUUCCGGUCUUAAAUCGUAUCUAGAACGGUACGCUUAUAAGAAUGCCGAACAGGAUAAUCUGUGGGAGUCACUUACCCAAGCUGCCCACAAAAAUGGUGCCCUGCCCAAGAACUACGACAUUAAGACCAUCAUGGACUCGUGGACUUUACAAACCGGUUAUCCGGUGCUCAACGUGACCCGUGACUAUACGACAAACACCGCAAAGCUCGGCCAGGAACGUUACCUUCGCAACACCCAGAUAUCCCGAGCUUUUCGCGAAAGAUGUUGGUGGUUGCCGUUGAGUUACACCACCCAGGAGGAAUUGGAGUUUAGGAACACGGCCCCCAAGGCCUGGAUGGAGUGCAGCAGUACUGGCGAGAGUUCUUCCAAGACUAUAUCGGAUCUACCUAACUCCGAUAAGUGGGUGAUCUUCAACGUCCAGCUGGCAUCGCCGUACAAGGUCAACUACGAUGCCCAGAACUGGAAACUUCUGAUUGAGACAUUGAACAGCGAUGACUACCAGACCAUUCACGUGAUCAAUAGGGCUCAACUCAUAGAUGAUGUCUUGUACUUCGCCUGGACUGGAGAUCAGGACUACGAGACCGCACUACAAGUCACCAAUUAUCUGCAGAGGGAGCGAGAGCUCCUUCCUUGGAAAUCGGCCUUUAACAAUCUAAAGCAGUUGAACCGCAUUCUUCGACAAACGCCGAACUUUGGGUUCUUUAAACGCUAUAUGCAAAAUCUACUCACCCCGAUCUACAAGUAUCUGGACGGUAUGAACGACACUUUCAGUUCGAUGCAGGACCAGGAUGAGAUCCUUUUGAAGACCAUGAUGGCUAAUUGGGCGUGCCAGUACCAGGUGGCGGAUUGUGUACCUCGUGCACAGGCCUAUUUCCGCAGGUGGAGAUCCGAGCCUAAUCCCGACGAGAACAAUCCGGUUCCACUUAACAUCCGCACCACCGUGUACUGUGCCGGAAUAUUAUACGGCACGGAUGAGGACUGGGAGUUCCUGUGGUCGCGGUACAAGCAUUCGAAUGUGGGCUCCGAGAAACAGGCCAUACUGAGUACCAUGGGUUGUUCGAAAAAAGUUUGGAUCUUGCAACGAUAUCUGGAGAAAGCCUUCGAUCCCAAGGGUCUCAUUCGCAAGCAGGAUUCCAUGCUAAGUUUCCAAGCUGUUGCAUCCGGACAGGUUGGCUUCCUGCUGGCCAAGAAGUACCUGAUAGACAAUGUGGAACUAAUCCAUAAGUACUUCUAUCCCCAGACCAAGAUCAUGUCCCGACUUUUGCCGGCGAUUUCCGAGCAGGUCAUUACCACGACCGAUUUGAAUGAAUUCAAGGCUUUUGUUGAAAAUUCAAGACAGUUCCUGAGAAGCGUUCAUCAGGCGGUUCAACAGUCUUUGGAGAUAAUGCUGACCAACGUGCAGUGGAUGGAACGAAACAAUCACCAGUUUUCGCGCGCAAUCCAGCGGCAUUUGUAGUUCUUUCAGUUCACAUCCAAUUCUGUAGAUUGUUCAGUAUACUAAAAAAAAUGAAAAAAGAAAAUUAAAAAAAUAAAUAAAUACAUAACAUAAUACCACAGUAUUAUAUAAGUAGAUU